AUGGAUAGAACUCACAUCGUAGCGCUCGCAAAAAAUAUCCUCCGUUAUACUAGCACCCUCGCUACGCAUAUCAGUAUCCCGAAUGUGAAUCCAUGCUCAUUAUGUGAAAAAGAGAUUUAUUCUGCAUCGAACCCGCCAUACAAAGAAUUUACCCUAGCUUCGUGUGGACACAUCCUUCACCAGAAGUGUCUCGAAAAGUAUCUGAUGAAUGGAGAAGCGCGAUGCGGUCCCUUUAGGACCUGCCCGAAUAAGGAUUGUAAUAAAGAUAUUGAAACUUUUCUCUCUCCGGAUCUUUUUAAGGAAAAGGGAUCACAAGACAAGACUAUAAUCCCGACUGCAGAUACCACCUCCAAGCAAGUGGACGAGGCUGAGGUAAUUCUUAUGAACGAACUGGGGAUAUUAGGCGAAGAGAAACAAAGUUUGUCCAAGACUACUGUGAUCGCAAAGGAAACUUCUGAUCAGGCAACUAGCCCAAUUGAGGUUGUUAGCACUACACCUGGCAAUUCCGAAAAUUUGGAUGACUCGAUUUCAAAGGAACUCUCUAGCGGGCAAAUCCAACGCCCUAUAU